CGUCUCUGCCCCCGCUCCCGCCAGCCGGCGGGGCUGCUGGUGUCUUGGGGGGGCAGAGCCGCGGGGCUUCGCUCCGUGACAUCAGCCCUGCUGUGGUGCUGUGUGCAAAGCCUACUGGUUGGCGUGGCGAGGGACACGCCUUCCCCGAGCGGAACAAAACGGCGCGCAGACUGGGCGCACCCAGCCGUCGCUUCCUACAGUGCCUGCCGCCCGCGCCCGCCGCCGACCGCUGCCAGAAUGCCGAACUGGGGAGGAGGCAAGAAGUGCGGGGUGUGCCAGAAGACGGUCUACUUUGCCGAGGAGGUCCAGUGCGAGGGCAACAGCUUCCAUAAGUCCUGCUUCCUGUGCAUGGUCUGCAAGAAGAAUCUGGACAGCACCACUGUGGCCGUGCAUGGGGAGGAGAUCUACUGCAAGUCCUGCUAUGGCAAGAAGUAUGGGCCAAAAGGCUACGGCUAUGGGCAGGGCGCAGGCACGCUGAGCACUGACAAGGGGGAGUCCCUGGGCAUCAAGCAUGAGGAAGCUCCUGGCCACAGACCUACCACCAACCCUAAUGCCUCCAAGUUUGCCCAGAAGAUUGGAGGCUCUGAGCGCUGUCCCCGAUGCAGCCAGGCAGUCUAUGCAGCGGAGAAGGUGAUUGGUGCCGGGAAGUCUUGGCAUAAGUCCUGCUUCCGAUGUGCCAAGUGUGGCAAAGGGCUGGAGUCAACCACCCUGGCCGACAAGGAUGGUGAGAUAUACUGCAAAGGAUGCUAUGCUAAAAACUUCGGGCCCAAGGGCUUUGGCUUUGGACAAGGAGCUGGGGCCUUGGUCCACUCCGAGUGAGGCCACCACUGCCUGCCACACCCUGCCCACUCCUGAGCUUCUCAUUGCCAUCCCCUUCCCAGCAGCCUUGGGGACCUCCAGGAUUCUUUCUCACCCAGCCUAGCCGCACAUCACUAAUGACUUGAACUUGGGCCUCUGGCUCCCUUUGGUUGGGGGUCUUGCCUGAGCUCCCGCCCCACUAAGGAGCUACCCCUGCCUGGCAUCUCACACCAUCACCAGUAGGAGAUGUCUGUCUUUAUAGUCUGUGUGGGACCAGACCCUGUCUCCCUACACCUCUCUCCACAGACCUGUUCUUAACCUCUUAGGCUGAGCGUCCAUCCUCACUGGCCAAGACACCUGGGCCACGUGUUGGUGCCCUAAGCAGCAGCAACAGGCCAGGAGGGAGAGGGAAACAGGACCAAGAUGGAGAGGGAAAAGGCUGUGGUUUAUUGGACUCAGAGAUUCUCUUUGGGAAAGAGGGUGGGCUUCUUGGUGUUUCUCAGAAUAAGUCUGAGGAGUCCCAGCUCAGGGAGUCACUACGGGGAGGCAAAGAGGCAUGCAGGCAGGGUCAUGGCCACAAAAAGGAACGACUCAGUUCUCUAGGCCUCUUGCCUGUGAGUCUCUGUGGAACUGGAGUCCUCCCACCUGGGACUGGAGGGUAACAACCUAGAUCCAAGGACCCCAAAGUCAGAACACCUUAGGCUUCUAGUUCCCUGUUCCAUGUGGGGCGGGGGGUUCCUAGAGAAACACUUCCAACACACAUUCGCAGGAGCCAGUGGUCCAAAUAUCGGGGCAGCUAGAUCUGGCCCUAUUCAUGGAUCCUAAGGAUGCAGUGGGCAGCUCCUCCCCAUCCCAGCACAGCACAGGCUAGCCCUUUGCUGUCACCAGGCCUGGUUGUUCAUCUGAUUGAAGGGAGGCAGACACAUCCUCAGCCUGUAUCCAACACCCUGUCCUUCUGUUUCCAGGCCUCAGGGCCUCCCCCAACCCAAGACCUGCCCCUCCCACACCACCCUUCUCCAGGGAUUCUUCUCUGGCCACAUCACCCAUCCCUUCCAGGACCCCAGGUCAGGAACAGCAGAAAGAAGGGGGAGGGGCCGGACCCUGCUGCUCCCAGUGACUGAAAGGACGACACUGUCUGCAGCACAGGCUGUAUUCAAGCUGAUUUCUUAUCUGGUUAAUAAAGCUGUUUAGAACAAAA